GCAAAGAGGGUAGUAUUGAUGGUGUCUCUAGACAUAGAGGGGGCAUUCGACAGCGCCUGGUGGCCAGCUAUUAAACAUCAGCUGGCCGCCAGGAAAUGCCCCCGGAAUCUGUACUCCACCGUGUGCAGUUACCUCAAUGACCGCGAGGUCAUUAUUCGUUAUGCGGGCGCCGAGUGCGUGAGGCCCACAACCAAGGGGUGCGUUCAGGGAUCGAUUGGGGGGCCCAUAUUCUGGAACCUCCUGAUUGAUCCGUUGCUGGGCGCCCUCGAGGAAGAGGGCCUACGCGUGCAAGCCUUCGCCGACGACGUAGUGCUCGUCUUCUCGGGCUCCUCUCCGGAGACUAUCGCGCGGACCGCUAACUCCGUCCUCCGGCGGGUCUACGACUGGGGCUUGGACAACAAGCUGCGAUUUGCUCCACACAAGACCAACGCCAUGGUGAUUACCAAGAAACUGAAAGUAACACCUAUUCAGAUCACCAUGGGCGGCGAAAGUAUAAAGAUGGUCACAGAAACCAAAAUCCUGGGUCUUAUUAUUGACCACAGGUUGUCUUUUAAGCCGCACGUCGCCGACGUUUGCCGAAAGGCAACGGCCAUUUAUGGCCAAUUGUCAAGGGCGGCCAAGACAACCUGGGGUCUGAACCCAGAGGUGGUGAGGACCAUCUACAUCGCCGCUGUGGAGCCAAUCGUACUUUACGCUUCAAGCGUCUGGGUCCCAGCCGUAGAUCAAGUCGGAGUGCGGAAAUUGCUGGACGCAGUUCAGCGAGGGUUCGCGCGGAAGAUCAGCCGGGCCUACAAAACCGCCAGUUUGGGUGCGGCGCUGAUCCUGUCAGGUAUCUUGCCACUCGACCUGAGGAUCCGAGAGGUGGCAGAAUUGUACCGAUAUAAAAGGGGUGAGGACAUUGAUGAUAUGGCAGACAGGAAGGCUGAACAGCGGGUUAGCUUCCUGGAUGCUCCCCAUCCAGCCCUCGCUCCUGAGGUAGAGUUCUGUUGUCUCGAGGAAACUCAGACCGAGACCGACGUGGUAGAGGUGCAGGAUGACCCAGGAGAAGGAGAGGGUUACCUGCAAGUCUACACCGACGGCAGCAAGAUACAGGGCAGGGUUGGAGCCGGCAUCUCAUACAGGCGGCGAGGCUUGGAAGUCAGAGCAAGGAAACUCAAAUUGGAGAAUUAUUGCUCUGUCUUCCAAGCCGAAAUGUGCGCAAUUUCGAAGGCUAUCGAGGACAUCUUGAAGAUGCCCGACAUGAAGGUCGAGAUCCUUAGUGACUCCAGGUCGUCGCUGGAGCUGCUAAGGGAUCGAUCUUCUUUCCACCCGAUAGCCUUCGAAAUCAAAAACUUGAUCCGGCGGGCUCGAGAAAUGGGUAAAACCAUUCGGUUCCGCUGGGUUCGGGCGCAUGUAGGUAUUGAGGGGAACGAGAGGGCUGAUCACUUGGCGAAGGACGCGGCGCUCCAUUCGAAAUUGAGGGCUGCAUACGAUGGAGUGCCGAUUUCAACUCUUCGCCGUAAGAUCCGAGCCAAGACCCUCGAGGUCUGGCAGGAGCGCUACACCACGGGUCAAACCGCGAGUGUCACAAAAGCGUUUCUGCCAGACGUCGUGGCGUCUUAUAAGUUGGUUAGGGAGGACCCUUUCUCCGCUUUGAUGGCCCAAAUCAUCACGGGCCAUGGCGGCUUCUCGGCGUAUCUCCACCGGUUUGGCCUGAAGGAUAGCCCAGUGUGCAUUUGCGACGGUCGUACCGACGAAAGCGCAUUGCACCUGGUGCUCGAAUGCCCCAGGUUCGGCCGGUGGAGAUGCGACCUAGAGGUGGAAAGCGGAAUGGCCGUUACUGAGGCAAACCUUCCAGCCCUUAUGGUGAAGCCGUGGAGAAACGCUCUUGUAAAAUUUUGUAUAAAAAUCCUAGCUGACGUGCUGCCACGAAAUGGCAGUAAUAUAAAAAUUAAAAUAACCUAG